AUGGGAUCUCAAGGUGGUAGUGAUAGCAAUGGUGUGACCCAGACCCAGACCCAAACCCACGACCUGUUAUCCAACCCGCUUGCCCGGCAAGGAUCUUUAUACGGGCUUACUUUCGAUGAGGUACAAAACCAGCUGGGUGACUUGGGUAAGCCUCUUGCCACAAUGAACCUUGACGAGCUUCUGAAAACCGUGUGGACAGUUGAGGCCGGCAACCAAUCAACAAACCUGAACCCGAACUUGAACCCGAACCCGGAUCCGAAUCUUAGUCUGCCGACUGAUCUGAGCAAGAAAACGGUCGAUGAGGUGUGGCAGGACAUCCAGCAGCAGCAGCAGCAGGGGCAAGAGAGUAAUUUCCUCGACCGGAAGGCGACACUUGGUGAGAUGACAUUGGAGGAUUUUCUUGUGAAAGCUGGCGUGGUGUCUCAGUCGAGAUGGAAUCCGAGCCUGAUGACUCAGCAGCAGCAGCAGGCUCAAUGGAUGAUGAACUAUCAGCCGGCGGUUUUCGUGCCGGGUCAUCAUAUUGUGGACGGUCAAAGCUACUCGGAAAGUCAAAUGAUGAUGUCAUCAUCGUCACCUUUGAUGGGUGGUGCUUUGUCCGACACUCAGACACCUGGCAGGAAACGAGUGGCUCCCGAUGAUAUUGCUGAAAAGAGUGUCGAGAGGAGGAAGAAGAGGAUGAUUAAGAAUCGGGAAUCUGCCGCUAGAUCGAGAGCGAGGAAGCAGGCUUACACGCACGAGCUAGAAAACAAGGUUACUCGUCUGGAGGAGGAGAAUGAGAGGCUCAAGAAACAAAAGGAAUUGGAGAAAAUGUUGCCUAGUAAUCCACCACCCGAGCCAAAGUUCCGACUGCGUAGAACGAGCUCGGCCCCUAUGUAA